AUGCCUAUGGUCGUCGAUAUAUUAGCCAAUAUUACCCUGAUUGUACGAGUCUUUAUACAGAAACGUCGCGCUCAACAAGCACAUACUUGGGGACAACAGCGACGCAUGAUGUUGCAAUUGCUGUGUCUUUCCGGCCUUUACACAGUUGGUUGGUUGCCAUCGCUCUUAGUAGAAGUAAUACAAAUACUUAGAGAUCCAACAUUCCUUGCCGACGUUCAAACAUAUUACUUUGGUGAUCUUGUCUACACUCUCUAUCUUUUCUUUCCAUGGAUGUGUCUCGGUUUCUUUCCUGAAUUAGUCAAAUGGAUUAAAAAGCUAUGCCGACGUAGACCAGCACGCAAUGUAGUUGGAACCAUGCAACCGCGUACUAUCGUUGGAACCACGCAACCACGUACUAUGAAUGGAACUACACUUUGA